AUGCCCGUGAUGCCGCCUCGCGCGGCCGUCGUCAAUACGAGCUCGACGGGCGGAGACGAUUCUCAGAGCGCAAGCGGCACGCUCGCGGAGCGAAAACGAAAGGAAAAGGCUCGAGAGAGCGGUGUGCAGUAUCGCCGUCCUCAACAGUCGGACGCAGCCGCAACGGCCCAUCUCCUCCGCGAAAAAGACGAGCGCAUCACAUACCUAGAAGGCGAAAUGGCCAUCAUGGAGCGUGAGUUCCACCAGGAGCUCGACAGACUGAGCCAGACGGAGAGCGAGACGGCCACCUUCUGGCAGGGCAAGCACAGCGCACUGAACCAGCAGUACCUGCGCACCGACACAGAGCUCAGGCUGCUCCGGGCCGAGGUCGACGUGCGCGAGGCCGAGAGGGAGGAGCUACGGCAGGGUGUUGAGGUUCUGCGGCGCGAGCUGCAGGAGAGGGACGACGAGAUACGGAGGCUGAGGGGCCAGGUCAGGGGCUUGAAGGACUUUGUGAGCACAAGCACCAGGACGGACGAUCAAACGAGCGACGAGGUGUUUGGGGACGGCAUGACCAAGCUGGGCAACGGGCUGCAGAAUUGGGUCAUUACGAAUUUCCGAAAGGCAAAGCUAGCAGACUUGUCAAAGACCAGCGACGCCACGCUCACAGAACUCAGCCAGCUCGUACCCAUGUACGAAGAGCUCGUCCACACAUCAAAGGUUCACCUCCUGCAGUCCAUCGUCUCGAGCAUCCUCGUCGACAUGGUCUUCAACGCCUACUACGUUGGCCUAUCAGAACAAGAUACGCAGCACAUCCAACAGAUGGAGCAGCUGCUCUCCUCACUUUGCUCCUCGACCGAUGUCGUAAACCAAUGGCGCUCAUCCACCCUUGCGCUCCUCCGCCGCGAGGCACACCACCUCCACGAUAAUACAGACGCGUUUGCCGAGGCCGUCAUAUCCCGCAUCACGCAGCUGCUCGACAGCAUCAUCACGACCUCUCCCUCCUCAGCCCCCGCAACCUCCACCGCCCGAGACUCGGCCCUCCGCGUGCUCAUCAAAAACUCCAUCGAACUCGCACGCCUGCUCGUCGUGCAAAAGGCCCGACUGCGGGUGUACAUGCCCGUCAUCCUGCCUCACCAGCAGGUCCUCUUCGAGCCGGACACCAUGGAGGACAUGGGCGGAGAGGAGGACGAGGAGAACCUAGCCAACCGGGAGAUUAGCUGCGUCGUCUUCCCCGGCGUCAUCAAGCACGGGGACGAAAACGGCGGGCACAUGCAGUACCGCAACGUCAUUGUCAAGGCGAGGGUCUUGUGUAGCCCAGAAGAAUAG